AUGCCCAAUUUCGACCUUCGGCCGGCAUGUUCCACCAAACAGCAAUUCAGUCACUCGGAUAUUCUCAGAAGAGGAGAGUGGCUCCUUGCCGAGUCUGCUGCAUCAGGCGUCACUGCAAUGAGAGCCUUUGUUGAGAUAGAUCAUACAGCUGCCAUUGCCCUAAAAGACCAAUGGAAGGAGUCUUGCGAUCUACAGAUAGUCUGGUUUGCGCAAGAUCCUAUAUUCUCCAGUGAGUACGGAGAGCAGAACGUGAAACUUCUGGAGCAUGCUUUACGGGCAUAUUCACAAAUUGAUGCCAUCUGGACAACGCCUUAUGUUGAAUCCCGUGUCGAUGCCGCAAAGGAAAAUAUUGAAUGGGCGAUUGACCGUGCCCUGCGGUUAAACAAACAUGUCGACUUCCAUCUUGAUUACAACCUCGAUUCCAGCAAAGAGGCUUUGUCUCUCAAACAACGAAACUGGACUGCCCAGUCAACAGACAAGCGUGUCAUGCUCGGCCAUUGUACACGGCCGACGCUGCCUACUGAGAGCGAAUUGGCCCGACUUGCAGCUGAUAUUCAUGAAUACAAAUUCCCAGUUAGCUUUGUUGGUCUACCAUCUAGCGAUAUCUACAUAGCAUCGCCUCCUAGAACGAGCGAGGAUUCCGAGCCAUCGCACAAUCACCCGAGAGGAACUUUACAAGUCAUCAAGAUGAUUCGUGAAUACGGUUGCGUGGAGGACAAAUUGUAG